ACCCAAUAUAACGACCAACUUAAACACACGCCAUUAACAACAGAGCAGAGCAAAGAGAAGACUCUUCUCUUCUCCAUCUCAUCACAUAAACAAGUUCUCUCUUUCUCUCUCUCUUUCUCUCGUACACACACAAAAAAAUGGCGGAACUUGAGAAUCCAAGUGUAAUGUCGAAGCUAAUAGCAUUCUUAUCUUCAUUGCUAGAGCGAGUUGCAGAGUCUAACGAUCUGACCAGAAGAGUCACGACUCAGUCACAGAGGGUAUCGGUGUUCCACGGACUGAGUAGACCGACCAUAACGAUCCAGAGCUAUCUCGAGAGGAUCUUCAAAUACGCGAAUUGUAGUCCUUCUUGCUUCGUCGUGGCUUACGUUUAUCUCGACCGUUUCACUCACAGACAACCUUCACUUCCAAUCAAUUCCUUUAACGUUCAUCGUCUCCUCAUCACUAGUGUCAUGGUCGCUGCUAAAUUCCUCGAUGAUCUGUACUACAACAAUGCGUAUUACGCGAAAGUGGGAGGUAUAAGCACGAAAGAGAUGAAUUUUCUAGAGCUGGACUUCUUAUUCGGGUUAGGGUUUGAAUUAAACGUGACGCCAAACACAUUCCACGCUUACUUCACUUACCUUCAAAAGGAAAUGACUCUUCUUCAACCUCUCUCUCUCGUUGUUGUCCCAUCAUCAAGAUCUGUCAUUACCUUCAUCAAUGACGAUGAAGCUUCUCAUCAGAAACAGCAACUCGCCGUUUGAGUUUCCAACAAAAUUCCAAACGUAAAAAUCUUUAAAAAAUCUUUUUUUGUCUCUUUUCCAAAACAUUUUAAUCAUUUUCGCCUUUCUUAUUUUUAAUGAAUUUGUGUAGAUGAUGUAGAGAUUAGUCGGCAGGUACUCUUAUCUUGUCUUAAUCAAUCUCUGAUUAAGAAUAAAUAAGAAAAUUCAAAAUCAAACCA